GCUUGCUUGAAUCAGUUUUGCUGGAUUCUGUGAGAAAACGACACCUUCGAAUGCCACAGCCAUGAAGAUUGCUAUUCUUUGUCUCUUUGUAACAAUUGGUCUUGCCAGUGCGGCCCUCAAUAAAAGUACCGCAACGAAAAUCCUCGCCUUUGUCAACAACCCCAUCCAGCUGAAUAACGGCAUCGAUGGCGCCAUUAGGAACGCGCUAGGCGAGAAGAAGAAAUCCGGUGAACUGCCCGUGGCCGGUUAUAGUAUUGUCAAGUUCAGCGCCCCUACCUGUGGAUUCUCAAAUGGAAGAUCAUCCUGUACAGCCUCAACCACUGACCCAUUAACCGGGGUCACGGGAACCGGAAAGGGCCUUCAAAUAGGAACCGCACUCAAGGCCUCUCUCAUUAGUCUCUUUGACAACAUAAAAGCCAUUGCGCAGAAGGUAUAAUGGAGCCAGAGGUUGGUGAUCGUCGGCUAUACGUCACGACGUUUCUUGCCCUAUGUACACUACUGGAGAACGAUAAUGUUUGAAUGUUUGCAAUGUAUCAGAAGACCACACAUUUAUCAAGACUUACCUAACAAUAACCGCUGAAUUCAAAACGAGUCUUCAUUGGCGCAUAGUGCAUUUACCCAUAUGUUUUAGAAUAUUGGCGCAAAUCUUUGUUAAAGCUAAUUAACAUACCAGUAGAUCACAUAAUUAUUACGUUUCUCUGCCCUUGAUGAUUUUUCCGUAAUGGUCCCCGUUGUCGCCAUUUUGGUGGGUCCAUUUUAUCAAGAUUGGCCUGAUAACACUUGGGAUUAGUCGUUCAGUUUGUGUAUCUCGGGAAUAUUUCCUCCCCACUAAAGAAAUAAAAUAUGAAAUAUUGUACAGCGUCGCUGUCGCGGGAACGAGGCAGUUCACCAACACAUAUAUCUCAUCACAAA